UUUCUUAAGCUGUACGUCAUUGACUCCUGGACCCAACUGUGACCGCUUCAAGCUGCACAUUCCGUACGCUGGGGAGACGUUAAAAUGGGACAUAAUUUUCAAUGCUCAGUACCCAGAGCUGCCCCCCGAUUUCAUCUUUGGAGAGGAUGCUGAAUUCCUGCCAGACCCCUCUGCUCUUCAUAACCUUGCCUCCUGGAACCCUUCAAACCCCGAGUGCCUCCUGCUUGUGGUGAAGGAGCUGGUGCAGCAGUACCAUCAGUUUCAAUGCAGCCGCCUCCGCGAGAGCUCGCGCCUCAUGUUUGAGUACCAGACACUCCUGGAAGAGCCUCAGUAUGGAGAGAACAUGGAAAUUUAUGCUGGGAAGAAAAACAACUGGACUGGUGAAUUUUCAGCUCGUUUCCUAUUGAAGUUACCAGUAGAUUUCAGCAACAUUCCCACAUACCUUCUCAAGGAUGUAAAUGAAGACCCUGGAGAAGAUGUGGCCCUCCUUUCUGUCAGUUUUGAGGAUACUGAAGCCACCCAAGUGUACCCCAAGUUGUACUUGUCACCCCGAAUUGAGCAUGCACUCGGAGGCUCCUCAGCUCUUCAUAUCCCUGCUUUCCCAGGAGGAGGAUGUCUCAUUGAUUAUGUGCCUCAAGUUUGCCACCUGCUCACCAACAAGGUACAGUAUGUGAUUCAAGGAUAUCACAAAAGAAGAGAGUACAUCGCUGCUUUUCUUAGUCACUUUGGCACAGGUGUCGUGGAAUAUGAUGCAGAAGGCUUCACAAAACUUACUCUGCUGCUGAUGUGGAAAGACUUUUGUUUUCUUGUACACAUUGAUCUGCCCCUGUUUUUUCCUCGAGAUCAGCCGACUCUCACGUUUCAGUCCGUCUAUCAUUUUACCAACAGUGGACAACUUUACUCCCAAGCACAAAAAAAUUACCCCUACAGCCCCAGAUGGGAUGGAAAUGAAAUGGCCAAGAGAGCAAAGGCUUAUUUCAAAACCUUUGUCCCUCAGUUCCAGGAGGCUGCAUUUGCCAAUGGAAAGCUCUAGGAAACACCAGUGUUGAGAGGCAGCCAACCAGACUGCUCCGUCCACACGCUGUCAGCACGCAGGCCGCUUCCUGGAAGCCACUUGGGAAGUCUUGGUGGCGGUCUUUGCUCGCACAGCAGCACUGCCUGCCCCACACAACCCUACUCUGCUGGAGCCCAAACUUGAGCUGGCUGGUAGUACCCCGAAUCCUAGCACCCAUCAUUGCUGGUUGCUCCCUCUAUCCUCUUCAUAUUUUUUAGCCAGAAGAAAUAAACUCCUUUCCGAUGCAGAAAUCUUCCAGGGAAAAUAAAAUGUCAUGACCGCA